AUGGUCCUCUCCGCCAAUCGGAAGGCUGGGAGGGCGGCGGGCCAGGAGAGGGAUUCUCCGUGCCGUGGGCGAGAUGCAGAUCGGGUGUCCCGGGCUCCCGCUAGCUUCUCCGCCCUCGCGAGCCGAGGUGCAGGUGCUGUGGCUUCUUAGCGUCUGGGGCUCAGGCCCCGCGCGCUUCGCUCCUUCUCAGCCGCUUCUCUCGAGCUACGUCUCGGCCGUCUGCCGUCUGCGUGGGCCUGAAAGGCGCAGCUGCACUUGAAGCGUUGGCAUUUUUAAAAUAUUUAAUCAUUCAUGAGUUGAGCUUCAUUCUUGAGUCAUGGAUGACAAGGCUUCUGUUGGAAAAAUCAGUGUCUCCUCAGACUCUGUGUCUACUCUUAAUAGUGAAGAUUUUGUCUUGGUUUCCAGGCAAGGAGAUGAGACACCAUCUACAAAUAAUGGAAGUGAUGACGAGAAAACAGGACUCAAGAUUAUAGGGAAUGGAAGUGAACAGCAGCUGCAAAAAGAGCUAGCAGAUGUGCUGAUGGAUCCUCCAAUGGACGACCAGCCAGGGGACAAGGAGCUUGUGGAAAGGUCACAGCUGGAUGGCGAAGGAGAUGGGCCUCUUUCUAAUCAACUCUCAGCUUCAUCCACCAUUAACCCUGUGUCAUUAGUAGGGCUCCAGAAACCAGAGAUGAGCCUGCCAGUGAAACCUGGACAAGGAGAUUCUGAAAGGUCAAGUCCUUUCACACCAGUGGCAGAUGAGGACAGUGUAGUUUUCAGCAAACUAACUUAUUUAGGCUGUGCCUCAGUAAAUGCUCCCAGGAGUGAAGUAGAAGCCUUGAGGAUGAUGUCCAUCUUAAGGGGCCAAUGUCAGAUCUCACUUGAUGUAACCCUGUCAGUGCCGAACGUAUCUGAAGGAACUGUGAGGGCCCAGGAUGAAGCCUGGAAUGUUGUACUCUUAGAUCCUCAGACAAACACUGAAAUAGCAAACUACCCUAUCUACAAAAUCCUCUUCUGUGUCAGAGGGCAUGAUGGAACUCCUGAGAGUGACUGUUUUGCUUUCACUGAAAGUCAUUACAAUGCAGAGCUCUUCAGAAUACAUGUCUUUCGGUGUGAAAUACAAGAAGCUGUGAGCCGGAUACUUUACAGUUUUGCCACUGCCUUCCGCCGUUCUGCCAAGCAGACCCCACUUUCAGCAACUGCUGCACCUCAGACUCCUGACAGUGACAUCUUUACCUUCUCUGUGUCUCUAGAAAUAAAAGAAGAUGAUGGUAAAGGUUAUUUUAGUGCAGUUCCUAAAGAUAAAGACAGACAAUGCUUUAAACUACGCCAAGGAAUUGAUAAGAAGAUUGUCAUCUAUGUGCAACAAACAACUAAUAAGGAACUUGCCAUUGAAAGAUGUUUUGGUCUUCUCCUUAGCCCAGGAAAAGAUGUACGAAAUAGUGACAUGCACUUGUUAGAUUUGGAAUCUAUGGGCAAAAGUUCAGAUGGCAAGUCCUAUGUUAUUACUGGGAGCUGGAAUCCAAAAUCCCCACAUUUUCAAGUUGUAAAUGAAGAAACUCCUAAAGAUAAAGUGCUGUUUAUGACCACAGCUGUUGAUUUGGUAAUAACAGAAGUACAGGAGCCUGUUCGCUUUCUUCUAGAGACAAAAGUCCGAGUUUGCUCACCUAAUGAAAGAUUAUUCUGGCCCUUCAGCAAACGUAGUACUACUGAAAAUUUCUUUUUGAAACUUAAACAGAUAAAGCAAAAGGAGAGAAAGAACAAUACUGACACUUUAUACGAAGUUGUAUGCUUGGAAAGUGAAUCAGAGAGAGAGAGGAGGAAAACUACAGCCAGUCCCUCAAUUCGCCUGCCACAGUCAGGAUCUCAGAGUUCAAUGAUACCUUCUCCUCCAGAAGAUGAUGAAGAGGAAGAUAAUGAUGAGCCUCUCUUGAGUGGAUCUGGUGAUGUAUCCAAAGAAUGUGCAGAAAAAAUUCUUGAAACAUGGGGAGAACUGCUGUCUAAAUGGCAUCUCAACUUGAGCGUGAGGCCAAAGCAGUUGUCAUCCUUAGUAAGAAGCGGUGUUCCUGAAGCUCUUAGAGGAGAAGUCUGGCAACUUCUAGCAGGUUGUCACAACAACGACCACCUGGUAGAAAAAUACCGAAUUCUCAUCACUAAGUCUCUCAGGCAUGUCCGACUCUUUGCAAGCCCAUGGACUAUAGCCCACCAGGCUCCUCUGUCCCUGAAAUUUUUCAGGCAAGAAUACUGGAGUGGGUUGCCUUUUCAUUCUCCAGGGGAUCUUCCUGACCCAAAGAUCAAACCCACAUCUUCUGCAUCGCCUGCAUUGGAGUCUCCCCAGGACAGUGCUAUCACUCGUGAUAUUAACCGGACAUUCCCAGCCCACGACUACUUUAAGGACACAGGAGGAGAUGGACAAGAUUCCUUAUAUAAAAUAUGCAAGGCUUAUUCUGUGUAUGAUGAAGAGAUUGGCUAUUGCCAAGGCCAGUCGUUUCUCGCUGCUGUUCUGCUUCUCCAUAUGCCUGAGGAACAAGCGUUCAGUGUUCUGGUCAAGAUCAUGUUUGACUAUGGUCUCAGGGAACUUUUCAAGCAAAACUUUGAAGAUCUGCAUUGCAAAUUUUACCAGUUGGAGCGCCUCAUGCAGGAGUACAUUCCUGACCUGUACAACCACUUCCUGGAUAUCAGCCUUGAAGCACACAUGUAUGCCUCCCAGUGGUUUCUUACGCUCUUCACUGCAAAAUUCCCUCUCUACAUGGUCUUCCAUAUCAUCGACCUGCUCUUAUGUGAGGGAAUAAGUGUUAUAUUUAACGUCGCCCUUGGGUUGUUAAAGACUUCCAAAGAUGACUUGCUACUGACAGACUUUGAAGGUGCCCUGAAAUUCUUCAGGGUUCAGCUUCCUAAGAGAUACCGCUCAGAAGAAAAUGCAAAAAAACUAAUGGAGCUAGCUUGCAACAUGAAGAUUAGUCAGAAGAAGUUGAAAAAAUAUGAAAAAGAGUAUCACACCAUGAGGGAACAGCAGGCCCAACAAGAAGACCCCAUUGAGCGAUUUGAGCGAGAGAAUAGGCGCCUACAAGAAGCUAACAUGAGGUUGGAACAGGAAAAUGACGACUUAGCCCAUGAGCUGGUGACCAGCAAGAUCGCACUGCGAAAAGACCUGGAUAACGCUGAGGAAAAGGCAGAUGCACUGAACAAGGAGCUGCUUAUGACCAAACAGAAGUUGAUUGACGCAGAGGAAGAGAAAAGAAGGCUGGAAGAAGAGUCUGCUCAGUUAAAAGAGAUGUGCCGGCGGGAGCUCGACAAGGCUGAAUCCGAGAUUAAAAAAAACAGCUCUAUCAUUGGCGACUACAAGCAGAUUUGUUCUCAGUUGAGUGAAAGAUUGGAGAAGCAGCAGACUGCUAAUAAAGUGGAGAUUGAGAAAAUUCGGCAAAAAGUAGAUGACUGUGAACGCUGCCGGGAGUUUUUCAACAAAGAAGGGCGCGUAAAGGGCACGGGCUACACUAAGGAAGAUGUGGAUGAGGAUACAGAUGAGGAGAAGGAGACACUCAAGAACCAGCUGAGAGAGAUGGAGCUGGAACUGGCACAGACCAAGCUGCAGCUGGUGGAAGCAGAGUGUAAGAUCCAGGACUUGGAGCACCAUUUAGGCCUUGCCCUCAACGAGGUCCAGGCAGCCAAGAAGACGUGGUUUAACCGAACACUGAGCUCCAUAAAGACGGCAACCGGGGUUCAAGGGAAAGAGACUUGCUGAGAGCAGCUGCUGCCUCCAGACCCUUCAGAAAACAUGACACCUUUUGUUGCCUUCUUUGGCCAGAUGUGUGAUUCUGUGACAUGUCCCAGGACAGAAUGUCCCUAAGUCAGAUCCAUAGAAGCCUGUCGGGAGGGAGGUCACUGUGGACCAGAGCCCGUGAGGCCCUCCUCACUGCUGAUACUAACAGGCCCGCUGACUCGCCUGCCGCUCUGGACUCUCUGAACAUCAUUCCUCUGUGUGACCUCCGGCCUCUUCCCAUUAGGUCAGCUCGUUCCCAGCCCAGCGUCCAAGGUGACGUUAUCAGAGUUUGGGGAUCUUCAGGCUGUUGGUUUUUUUCUAAACUUUUUUUUUUUAAAUACACACACACAUACAAAUAUAUAUAUAUAUAUAUACAUAUAUAUAUAUAUACAGGGGGACGUAGGGCAGGGGAUCAGUAACGCAAGUGUCUGCUCCAGCACUGCAGAGGGUCCUCCGGGUAGACAUGGAGAAGCACUUUGUUUAAAUAGGAGGGUUUCAUGGUUGUAGUUGAAGCCACCUAGUUUUGUUAAACUCUACAAUGCACAGGUUUUUGGUUUGGCAUUAUUCAUGUUUCUGAUCAAUUCUAUGCAACUCUCAUAGUUUCUGUUGUUUUUAUUGUUAGCUGCCAAAUGACUCCACAGUGCUGGGGUGGGUGACUCGAUCGGCUGUGAGACUGGAUUAAUCAUAACGUGGACAAAUCUUAUUUUGCUUAAUGUGUCUGUCUGUCUGUGUGUGUGUGUGUGUGUGUGUAUAAAUAUCUUUUUCCCAAUGCACCCAACUGACAGUGUUUAAAUCCCAGACCAGGACUGAUCUGCACAAGUUAAUUAUGUGGUUAUUUGGGCACUUACUCCACUCAAGGUUUGUCGGGCUCUGCACUCCACCCUGCUGUCGCGAGAGCUGUGAAGAGCACCUUCACUUCAAGGUUCCUAGUGUUUUUGCACAACAGGUUGUACAAGUGAGAAAGACUCUGAGCUCUGUGUGUGUGUGUGAGAGAGAGAGAGAGUGAGUGUGUGAAUGUAAGGCUGUGCAGACACACAUGCCAAGAGGCCCGCGUCCGACUGGCCUGUGUCCCUGCCUGCCUGGGCCCUCCCUGGGGUGAGGCCAGGGCAAGCCUUGCUCUUCAGAAGGGCUGCAAGUUCUCACUUCAAAACUAUAGAACACCUUUUUUUAAAAAAUAACUUUAGACUUUUAAUUUAUAUAGUGAUAACGCUGACAGGCUGUCUCGCGGAUGAUUCUGCCGUCUUCUCUGCUCGCAGUGUGGAGGUAGCUGGUUACAAGAGGCACUGGUUUGUAUAUAAAGACACUUGGGUUGUUUUCUGUGUCUUUUCCUGUUGGCUAUAUUAACACUUGCUGAGGUCAUCGGUGAUAAGGGAGGUAAUGAGCGGCAAUCCCUGAUCCCCCAAACCGCCCCCCACAGCUCUCUGUGUCGUUCUUGUUCAGUUACCGAAACCGCUAUAAGCCCAUCUAAAACUAGGUGUGUGGACGUUGUGCUAGGGUAGUUUCACUGUGUCAACUUUAUGAACUGAAAUAUAAACCAGUAAAAUUGUAUUACUGUUUCUUUUGUUGGUUUUAUUUUAACAGCAUAUUCAUUAAAUAUUUUGGUACAAACAGCA